UUGUAUUCCUGCAUCUGGAGAAAGAUUUUGAUUCAGUUUUCAGUGAAAUCUCCAAGUUACGUUUAGAUAACUUGGAUUUCGAGCGAAUCAGGAAAGACGGCAGUAGUCAUGGAUGAAGUGUGUUGUCGAAAUAUUUCGCCCGACUGUGUUAGCCAGUCAGCAAACAUGUGUUUGGAACUGUGUGAUUCAGAAACGUCUAAUCUUCCUGUCUGGAAACGCGAGCUGAUUCGUAAAAAAAGACUGAGCAAUGGACUAGGAUCUUGUAACGUUAAUUCAGGCUGGAGUGGAGGAAACCGAGUAACACCUGCCAGUCCUAGUAUUGCCGAGUUGGAGAACUCUACACGAGAGCGACUUCGGAUCCCGAAUAAAGGCCUAGUGGCCUCAUUGCAAACGAUUUACGAACCGCUGGUAGAAGGCGAACCGCCCGGGGCCAAAAUGCUGGGCACCCGACCAUUGCCAGGGAAUGGCGCUCUCCAGCACGGUUCCGAAUCCGCCUCCAGCCCGCCUCCGUUAUCUAACGCAGCCCAGUUGGGGGCGACAACAAGAGAACAACUGCCUUCCAUUGAGAAUUUCAGUUCCACUCAGUCGCGAUCGGUGAGCGGUCGCUCACCCAGUCGCUUCGCUGAUGUGCCAGUCUCUCGUUCGGUGAAUGGUGCCAACAACAGCGGAAAUCUCAUCGAGCACGUCAUCCCACAUUAUCAGCCGCCAACGACGACGAUACCAACGAGACGAUUAUCGGAACCCAACAGGACCAGAACGGCCAUGGUGGAAGACACGCGGAUGAGGAGCUCGGCCGCUUCUCAAGUUGACAUGUCAUCAUCGGGCAGCCGGACGAAAAUCACAGCCAGAGGACUGCAGGCACUCAAGGGAAUGUCGGGCAACCGAGACAAUGAAGACGAAGAGCUCCAGUACGGGCCGGGAAUUGUGAACAAGUUGAAGUCACGUUACCUAAGCCGCACGCUGCGCGAAAGACCUUUGGGCGAGUCGCGUCGGCCGUCACUCCGUCGAGCGGCCAGCCUGGAAGACUGGCUCGACAAAGAUUCCGGCCCUCAGCAUCCGUCAGCCACUGAGAACGAUUUCUCCGUUUUGGUGCGUUCCAGCAACGGUCGGGCCAAGAACGAGCGGCCCAUUUCUUUGAAUCUGGUGGCUGCACAAGCCGCCGAACCGAAGCCACCUCCAGCGCCUUCUCCUUCUUCCAGCCCGUCCAAGAUUCGUGACCUAAAGAAGACACGAUCUGUCGAUUGUGUUUCACAACCGCCGACCUGGAGAAGCGUUUCCGUCAAUGAUUUGGUGGUGUCACCGCUGCAGCAGCCGAAACCGCCCAAAACACCGGCUGCAGUUCCGCCCAGUCCGACCGUAACGAGUCCUAAACCACCGGUUCCUGUGCUCCUGCCUAAAGAUGCGAUUGUCAUUGUCGAGAAAGACGACACUCAAACUGUCGAGAAGAGCGCAGAAACAAAGAGCAAUAACGUGCCUGUUGUCACCCCUCCAACUGCCCCCGCGGCCUCUUCUUCUUCUUCCGCAUCGUCGAAAACGCGCCGCACUUUGCCCACCAACAGUCGCUACAAUGUCGAAGAAGCCGAGUUGCCCGCUCCGGACACGGUCCGCCAAGUCAAACGCAUUUUCGAGAGCGGAUCCGGUCGGAAAGUGUUGAGCACUCGGCGGUCGCAGAGCGCCGGUCCGGGAAUCAACCGAACACCGCUGUCGGCCGCCAAUCAGAGCUCUGAGAAAUUCAACAUCAAUCGGAUGAAUCAAGUCAACUUGGUGAAUAACAAGAGCGCCGCUUCGGUAGGACGGAAAAAGUCAGACAGCAACACGCCUCGUAUCACCGAAUUGGUUUCGCCCGACAUCAAGCCGGUCGUCAUCACCAAACCGUCGACGAUUGGGCCCAAGCCACCGGUCCUGAGUCCCAAACCAGCCGUAGUCAUCGAGAAAACACGUGUAGUGCAAUCUUUGCCUAACGGAGCCACGUCCAUGCAACGAACAGCGGCUCUGACGAAACUCGUUUCCACGCCACCACCUGUCUCGGUGGCCAGCCCUUCCGCCAAUCAAAAAGAGCCUGUCGAUCCAUUUGAAGACGAGAAAAAAGAGAAAAAAGAGACUGAAAAUCACGGCCUCGGUCAUGGUCUUAAAAUCAUCUCGAAAACCGCUUUGGAUAACAUUCACAAGGAAAGCAUUUCCAUCAACUUCAACUUUGACGCCGAGAAGAAAGAUGAGAAAUCGCCGUUUGUGAUCGGGCCAGUACAAUCUCGACAGGUUGGAGUCAUCCGACCGCAGCCUAAAUCUCCAAUCAUUCAAAACGAGAAGGUGGUGAUUUUCGAAGAGGCGACCUCCAAGGAUGACGUCGAUUCCGUUUCCAAAAAAGAGGAGCUCUUAUUAGUGACGUCGCCCAACGCCGUUCCACUCGUUCCACUUGGUUUCGCCAAAACGCCAACCAAGAGUGAGCCUGCACCGUCGCAGACGACGGCCAAACCUGCCAGUCCACCCGUUUUUGCGUCCAAAUCCCAAACAGCGGGUCGCACGAAACAGACUACUACCACUACUCCUCUGGCUGGAUCGACCGCUCCUAAAUCGGAGCCUGUUAUUUCAACUGAUGCCCGGCCCUCCAGUCCGGCAGCAUUUGUCCCCGUUUCUCUACCCCCACCUGUUGACAAAAAGGUUGCAGAGAAUGCGACCGUAGUGUCGGCUGCCAAGGCCAUCUCAUCUAGUAGUCAGAUCGCCAAAUCAUCGAAUAGUACGCCAGUCAACACAACGGCAAUCCUUGGAGCUUAUUCGCCCAGUAGCGGAGCAACACAGCCGAGCAAGAAAUGGAAUCCACAUCAGUCUGAAACGACUACAGUCUUCAACUUUGUCAACGACACUUCAAGAAAAACCGAUCACAUUCGCAACGAAGGUGGAUCGACAGGAAUUCUUGUGUACAAGUCCAACGAUUCCGGAAUUACCAAACUACCAGACUACGACCCCGGUGAAUCGUCCGACUUUAUCGACGAUUUGGAUAUACUGAAACGGCCUCCUUCUCCAUGCAAUGUCGACUUUGAGGGAGCCAAUGUAAUAGUGGGAAAAUCGCUUAUUCAACGCCGACCAAAGAAAAAGUUGAAUAUUACCUUCAACGACGACAUGACGAAGUUGUUCGAAUAUCCGUCAGAAACAUCGUUUCUCGAAGAGGGAGACGAAGCCGUGCUCACAAUUAAGGCCACCCAUGAUGUUCGAGAUAGUUCCUCGCAGAAUUCAGCUGCAAACUCGAAGGGAGGUCUCUCCAACUAUACUCCUAGUAAAGUGCACAUUGAAACCACUUUCGAGCUUGGAGUAUCUCGUCCUAUCUUACCUGAUCUAACGCCGCAGCCGAAUCAACCCAAUUCUGGCAAUCAAAUGGGCUCAGUUUUGCACUAUAUCAAACCGGCCGAAGAGAGUACAACUUGGAGUGCCGAAACAACAUCGGAUUUGCUCUUUUGAGUUUUCCGAGCUCCUAGUUAAACCGCAGACUAUGAAGUAAAAACUGCAAUGAUCGUUACAUAAGCCUGAAAUAUGAGAGGAAUUGAACGAGCUGUGCUUGAGCUCUCCACUAGGGGUCCAGUCGUACGUUUUGGAAAAUAAUUUCAACUUAUUCGCCAUUUACUGCUAAUGACGUACAUUCACAAGGAAUUUGCGGUGAAAUAAUUGUCUGGUUGAACCAUUUUUUAUGAUUUAAUUUUCUACAGCCCUUCCGAUGCACCGUGAAUUAUUUCAUAUCAUCCGCGGAAUUCCAUAGUUCAAUUACCCUUGGCGAUUUUACCUAACGAGUAUUAUGACUGCACGCGCGAAGUAAAACAAGCAACACGCAGCGUUACAAGAAUAUCCACGAACAGCCGAGAAAUCGGAGGGAAGGGAAUGAAAUAACACAUCUCAUUAUCAAAUUUCGUGAAUGAUGUGAAAUAAUUCAUGCGGUACCGGGAAGAGUUGUAAAAUAUUAAGUCACCAAAAAAUGAAUAAUCAAUAUUGACGAAGUACUGUUCCCGCAGAAGCCGUGCGUGUGGAGCACGUAAUGAGUAUGGAAAUGGAAAAAGAGCUGGAAAUCUUUUCCUAAACGUUCGACCUGCCCCUAGCGUCAAGCUCAAGCACCAUUUAUGCAAGGAGGGUAUAAGGAAUCGCAAUUUUUAUACUUCGUAGUCUGUAGUAAAACCUCUCUUCCAUUCCACUGAAAAAAAAAAUGAAAACGAAAAAACAAGACAAAUAACAGUCAUAGACUGUUUAGAUUACGUUGAGAGUUGCCAGAUUUUUUGAUCAAGCAGUUGACUGCUGAGGCAAAGAGCUCUACUUAACUGAUACGGUUGUGUUAGCAUUCAUGUUUUUGGAACCGAAAGUGUUUGACUACCGUCGAAGAGCGCAUGUGAACUUCGAAAACUAAAAGUUCCCCCAAGUCUUCAAAAUUCCAUCGAUUUUUCGUGUUUAAUCUUGUUCUUGAAUAAGAUUUCCUUUUUGCCGAAUGAUUAGUGCCCCUCAAUCGAGUAAAUGCAUAUGUAUUCAAGUAAAACGUAAGUGUCCCUUAAACUUAAACAGCUGUAGCAAUAGAUUUAGUACUCGGAUCCCCAAUUAGUAGCUGGAUCCUCUUUGUUGAUGAAUAUUAGCUAGGUUUUACAUACUGGGUUAAAAUCGCUAAAAAACGUACGAUCGAGGACCAUCGAACUCUCUUUUUCCUUCCUUAACAUUUUAUUAAAGAAUGAAACAGCAUUCGUUCCACAGCCUCUACCGCCUUUCAUUGCAGUCACCUUGUGUGGGCUGCGACUGCAUUUUUUCGAAACAUGUUCAUCAUGAUUACGCAUUGCGGACCAAAUAAACAUUCGCAAAUAAGAAAAUUGAUUUUUUUUCGUGCAUAACGUUUACAUUCACCUAGUACAGAAAACGGCAAAGCUCCCUGGCUAUGCCCUCGAUUACACAUAUUCCAUGUUUGUUUGUUUUUUUUAUUUAGACGUAUCUUUUGUGAUAAUGUUUUUCUGCGUUUUUGAUUUGAAGGCCAAUCUUUUUUGCUGAGUUUUCUUGAUCUUUCGUUGUUGUUGUCUGCUCUUUAAAUACAAAUGGCUUCAGAAAUA